AUGGAUGCACCUGCCAGCAGUUCCAGCUUGACUUGCCCCUUCUCUCAAGAGUGUGGUGGUGACAUUGGCUGGUGGUGCGGCGGAGGCAGUCUAGACUUCCAGGCCACCUCAGAACCCAGGCCCUCGGUCUUUCAACACUUCAUUAACACGGAAUUGAUUGGACAGCAACAUCUGACGGUUGCGGCCGUUCUUCUCUUGUUCUCCUCUUGCUUCUACGCUUCUACGUUUCUCCCCUCGCCUCCGCCUGGUGAAGCACCACUCAGUGUCAGGAGCGACGACAAGAUGCAGAGUGGCAUCCGUCGGCUCGGGUGCGCUGGGCCUUCUCCAGCUGUUGGUUGGUUCGCAGGCGUAGUGGCAAUGUGGUUUGCCUCAAACAACUCGACCACCUUACGCAGAGAUACUACUAAACCUAGCAUAGGCGAGGACAGGACGGGACGGGACAGGGCUGGGGCUGUCAUCCACGCUGCUGGAAAGACUCCAGUUCAAGGACAGAGAGAGAAAGAGAAAGAGCGGAGGAAGACGGUGGGAAUCCUGAUCGUGUUCAAUCUCAAAAGGGGCGUGGGAUGUGGUGAGCGGGGGCGCCGCUUGACCUCCGUACACAGUAGGCUGUUUGACAUUGAAGGUCAAGUUUCCCCCGAGUGGGUUCCUGCUCUUUUCCUCCUUGCCUGUUCACAUCCUCCCACUUCCUUGUCUAAAUCCUCACUGAGCUCUUUCGGAACCCCUAGUCCACAACUCCCACACAGUCUACACUUCCUAUUCGGGCUCACAUACAAACUGACGGUGAAGGGAUGA